AUGGCCUCGCUCGCAACCACGCCCGGAGGCGCCAAGCUCAUUGAUGGCACCGCCCUCGCAAAGGAGGUGCGUGCCCGUGUGGCUCAACGCAUCGCAGAGCUCAAGCAGCAGUACUCGUCCUUCCAGCCUCACCUCUGCAUCAUGCAGGUCGGCUCCCAGAGCGCUUCCUCCACAUACAUCAGGAUGAAGAAGCUCGCUGCUGAAGAGUGCGGCAUGCGUUACACCCACGUUCAGCUUCCCGAGGGAACCAGCGAGGCAGAGAUCAUCAAGCGCGUCGGUGAGCUUAACGAGGACAUCAGCGUCGAUGGUAUUCUCGUCCAGCUUCCCCUCGGUGAUCACAUCGACUCGGACGCGGAGCGACGCGUCACCGAGGCCAUCAGCCCCGAAAAGGACGUCGAUGGCUUCCACGCUCUCAACAUCGGCCACCUCUCGUCCAAGGCGUGCAACCCGCUCUUCUUCCCCUGCACCCCCGCUGGCUGCAUUAAGCUCCUUGAAAACGCAGGUAUCACCAACAUGGCCGGCCUCCGCGCCGUCGUCAUCGGCCGCAGCGACAUUGUCGGCAACCCCGUCGCUUCCCUCCUCCGCAGCAGGGACUGUACCGUCACCCAGGUCCACAGCAAGACGACCGACCUCCAGGCCCACCUCGCCCAGGCUGACAUUGUUAUCGCCGCUAUGGGCAAGGCCCACUUCAUCCAGGGCGACUGGAUCAAGAAGGGCGCUGUUGUCAUCGACGUCGGUACCAACUUUGUCGACGAUGCCACCAAGAAGUCCGGCUACCGUCUCGUUGGCGAUGUCGACUUUGACGCCGCUUCCAAGGUUGCUUCCGCCAUCACCCCUGUCCCCGGCGGAGUCGGCCCCAUGACCGUCGCCAUGCUCAUGGAAAAUGUGCUCAUCAGCGCUGAGCGCAGCCUCGCCGAUGGCCGCGCCCUCGGCAUUGGCCGUGGUGUCGUCCGCCCCAACCCUAUCAAGCCCCUCGCCAAGGUCCCCUCCGAUAUUGAGGUCGCUCGUUCGCAGACGCCCAAGCCCAUCACUCAGGUCGCUCGUGAGAUUGGUCUCGUCUCGUCCGAGCUCGAGCCCUACGGCUCCGUCAAGGCCAAGGUCGACCUUUCCGUGCUCAAGCGUCUGGCGCACCGCAAGAACGGCAAGUACAUCGUCGUGGCCGGUAUCACGCCUACUCCGCUCGGCGAGGGCAAGUCCACCACCACCAUCGGUCUCGCUCAGGCACUCGGUGCUCACCUGGGCAAGUCGGCCUUCGCCUGUGUUCGUCAGCCCUCGCAGGGUCCCACUUUCGGUAUCAAGGGUGGUGCCGCUGGCGGUGGAUACUCGCAGGUCAUCCCCAUGGAGGAGUUCAACCUUCACUUGACCGGUGACAACCACGCCGUCCAGGCCGCCAACAACCUUUUGGCUGCUGCCAUCGACACGAGGAUGUUCCACGAGGCUACCCAGAAGGACGCUGCGCUCUUUGACCGCCUCUGCCCCAAGAAGAAGGGCGUCCGUACGUUUGCCCCCAUCAUGUUCCGCAGGUUGAAGAAGCUCGGCAUCGACAAGACCAACCCGGACGACUUGACCGACGAGGAAAAGUCCAAGUUUGCUCGUCUCGACAUUGACCCCGAGACCGUCACUUGGAGGCGUGUUACCGACACCAACGACCGAUACCUGCGAGACAUCACUGUCGGUCAGGCUGCUACCGAGAAGGGCAUCACGCGCAGGACUGGAUUCGACAUUGCCGUCGCUUCCGAGUGCAUGGCUGUGCUCGCGCUCAGCCGUGAUCUUAAGGACAUGCGUGAGCGUCUCGGUCGCAUGGUGGUUGGUACUUCGCGUGCUGGUGACCCUGUCACUGCUGACGACAUUGGUGUCGGCGGAGCGCUGGCCAUUCUCAUGAAGGACGCGAUCAAGCCCAACCUCAUGCAGACGCUCGAGGGCACUCCGGUAUUUGUGCACGCUGGUCCAUUUGCCAACAUUGCCCACGGUAACUCGUCGAUCCUUGCCGACGCCAUUGCUCUCAAGCUCGCCGGUGUCGAGGAGGGCGAGCCCGUCGAGAGGACCGGUUACGUCAUCACCGAGGCUGGCUUCGGUGCCGAUAUUGGCAUGGAGAAGUUCUGCAACAUUAAGUGCCGCGAGUCGGGUCUCGUGCCCGAUGCUGCUGUCCUUGUGGCCACUGUGAGGGCGCUCAAGACGCACGGCGGAGGACCGGAGGUGACUCCCGGUAAGCCUUUGUCCGAGGUGUACCUCGAGGAGAACCUCGAGAUCCUUGAAAAGGGAUGUGUCAACCUGGCCAAGCACAUUGCCAAUGCCAAGAAGUUUGGUCUCAAGGUGAUUGUCGCCAUCAACCAGUUCACUACGGAUACGCCUGCCGAGCUCGAGCUCGUGCGCAAGAAGGCGAUCGAGGCAGGAGCUGACGACGCGGUGCCUGCCAACCACUGGGCCUUGGGUGGCGAGGGCGCCAUCGACCUCGCCAAGGCCGUCAUCCAGCAGCUCGAGGGCACCGCCUCGCAGUUCAACUUCCUCUACGAGCCGACACUGCCCAUCUCGCAAAAGAUCGAAGCCAUCGCCCGCGAGAUGUACGGCGCCGACGGCAUCGAGCUCUCCGAGGCAGCCGAGAAGCAGAUCCAGGUCAUCGAGAGGAACGGCUUUGGCAACCUCUCAAUCUGCAUGGCCAAGACGCAUCUCUCACUCUCCGCCGAUCCGUCCAAGAAGGGCGCGCCCACUGGGUUCACCAUCCCCGUGAGGGAGGUGUACGCCAGCGUCGGUGCGGGCCUGCUGGUGGUCAUGUGCGGCGCGAUGAGCAAGAUGCCCGGCCUCAACACCAGGCCCGGGUACUACGACAUGGAUUUGACCGAGGACGGCGAGGUCAUUGGUCUUUCCUAG